AGUGUUAUGAUGCAGCUCCACAACACACAGCCACAUUCACCCACAGACCGAGGUACAGAACGAGAGGCAACCUCUGGCCCCCCAGCAGCUGUCCAGCUUUGCAGCCCCCAUCUUGAGACCCCAACUUCCCUCACCCACCCCCACCCCCUUCCCAAUUGAAGGAGCUGAAAGAGAAGAGAGAAGAGUGAGCAGAGAGAUUGAGAGAUUGAGAGAGAGAGAGAUAGACGGAGAUCUCUGAAGCAGACCUCAAGGUGACUUCCAUUUCUAUCUGGUUCUCGUCUGGGGGGGCCCUGGCCGGGCAGCCCCCCCACACUUCUCCUGCCCUGAAACACGGCUCUAGCCAACUUGCUCCGCUGCUUCACCUGCGACCGUCUCUGUGGGGGCUGCACGGCGCCAGCCCCUCCAGCCCGUCAGGGCAUCGUCCUCCAACCUGUCAUGCCCAGCUGUGACCCUGGCCCGGCCCCUGCCUGUCUACCCACCAAGACUUUCCGAAGCUACCUGCCCCGCUGCCACCGCACGUACAGCUGUGUCCACUGUCGCGCACACCUGGCCAAACACGAUGAGCUUAUUUCCAAGUCCUUCCAAGGGAGCCAUGGCCGAGCCUACCUGUUUAACUCCGUGGUCAACGUGGGCUGUGGGCCAGCUGAACAGCGCCUUCUGCUCACGGGGCUCCACUCGGUAGCUGACAUUUUCUGCGAAAGCUGCAAGACCACACUGGGCUGGAAAUAUGAACAAGCUUUUGAAACCAGCCAGAAGUACAAAGAAGGAAAGUACAUCAUUGAAAUGUCACACAUGGUGAAAGACAACGGCUGGGACUGAGGGGCUCAGGCAGGCUUUGCCCUUCCUUCGCAUGCCCCACCCUCCUCACACCUGCCCACCCCCCGCCAAGCAGUCGUACCAGCAUGAAUACUGCCCCACCCCUGGGGGAAACCGGCUCCAAUGCCUUCCUCCUCCACCACAUCACUCCCAGGCUCCCUUUGGAACAGGGGUCUGGUGUACUCCGGGGGUGUUCAGGCUAAGGAGUGGGCAGCAGUCAGGGAAAUACAGAACCCAGAAGAGGGGACUGUUUGAGCUCCUUCUAUUCCCAAGGCCCAGAAAACUGAGGUAAUGGCUGGGUGUGGUCUCAGGCAGAAGACCAUAGGAGGUAUCAGAUUUCAAUGCGCCUUUUUUUUUUUUGAAUGAGGACAAACCUUGGGUCAUGGGCUGAUAGAUCCUAGGCCACAACAUAGCAGAGAAAAGGCUUAGGGUGAAAUGCAAAUUUGGCCUCAGACACCAAGAGACCAGAGUCUGAGAAUGACCAUUUUCCACCCUUGUUUGUGGGUGGGGGACAGAUGGAAAGAAAAACCCAAUUCCCAGGCCCUGGGAAGUUAAGUCACAGGGGUUUCAUUUCACUCGAUUUGUUAGUUUACCUUGGCACUAACGAGGCACUUUGGAGUAUCUAACCGUUGCCAUUGGGUGGGGUGGGGAAAACUGCCCUAGAGCAACCCCCACCCCCAGCUGGCUGUUGCCAGAGAGAGCAGUUUUUGUGGGCAUUCUCCAAGGCCCAGCCGCUGCUCCCUGAGACACAGUCCCCUGGAGGGGAGGUGGAUCAUCAGAGCUACGGGGCCAGUGUUUCCCGUGGCUGCCACCAGCGAACGAAACUUUUGUAUGAUACAUAAAGUGUUUGGCUCUAUUUUUAAUAAAAAGGGGAAAGUAACU